CAGUUAUGGUUUGGUUUAGAGGCAGUGAGGUUGGGUGUUCUCAUCGUUAUGGUUGAAGGAGGGAUGUUUUACGACAGGGCCACAGGUGAACAUGCGGAGGCUCCAGGUGACUUUCUUGAGGAGUUGGCUAGGGAAGGAGUAAAUGAUGGAUCCGCAAAUGAAGUUGAAAUAGUGGGUUCUGAUGACAUUGGGGUGUCCAAUGGAGUAACUCAAAACUCGAAUGAAAAUGUCAAAACCCAGCCUGAGAAAAAAAAUUAG